GAUCUAUUAUUUUAAUGUUUAAUUGAUAUCGAUUACCUUGGGUCAAGUCUGUAACUACAUAAGAACGCUCAUUCACUGUUUCAUUUUGAAGUGUUUCACCUGGAUAUUCACGUGGAAUAACUUAAGGAAAAUGGUUGACCAUUUCAAUGAAGAAGAUAUUUCAUAUAUGUAUGAGGUAUUCCGACAAUACGACACAAACCAAAUUGGUCAAAUACAGAUAAAAGAUCUUUCUCACGCGAUGUUGUCUCUUGGACAUAAUCCAACAGUAGCUGAACUGGAGAAGCUUGUAAACGCAAUCGAGCGAGAAGCGGACCGACAAUACCUAGAUUUUCCAGAGUUUCUGACAGUUCUAGCGUUUCACCUCCAGGAAACAGAACCAGAAGAACAACUGAGGGAAGCAUUUAAAGUAUUUGACAAAGACGGUAAUGGUAAACUGAAUGCUGCCGAGUUAAAACAUACAAUGACAAAUCUAGGAGAGAGACUCAGUAAGGAGGAUAUUGACUACAUGGUUAAGAUGGCUGAUGUAACCGGAGACGGACAAGUGAAUUAUGAAGAAUUCAUUCGUGUCAUGACCAGUAAAUAGUGACUGUUGAAGAACUAAGUUACAAGUCUGAAAAUAUUUAUACUUGAACGUUUCAUGCACAUUGGAUUUUAUAAAUCUUCGUACGUUCAUAAAUAGGUAACUUGCAAUUCAAUGUGAUAGAUUUUGUCAAAAAUUAGAGCUAUAUACUUUUGUAAAUGUUUCCUCAAAAAUGGGAAUUAUAUGUCUUCUUGUAGA